CUGAAAGACAAGAAAAAGAAAUUGACUGUAGUCAGUAUUAAACCUAUAUUAAUGUAAAUGUCUUUGUUACUUUUAUAUUUUUCUAGGACUUAGAAGAUCAUCUUCAAAAACCAAAAAUGAAGUUCACACUGACCCGCCGGUGCUUGGUACUCUUCAUCUUCCUAAAUCACCCAACCCCAAUUCUUCCUGCCACUUCAAAUGACACCUAUCCUCCAAAUAUGAAGUCCGAGCCAUUUCUCUACGUCCUAGGACGUAAGAAAAUGACGGAUGCGCAGUACAAAUGCUAUGACCGCAUGCAGCAGUUACCCCCAUACCAAGGAGAAGGUCCGUAUUGCAACCGUACCUGGGAUGGAUGGCUGUGCUGGGAUGAUACACCGGCUGGAGUACUGUCCCAUCAAUACUGCCCAGAUUAUUUUCCAGACUUUGAUCCAUCAGAAAAGGUUACAAAAUACUGUGAUGAGAAAGGGGUUUGGUAUAAACAUCCUGAGAACAAUCGAACCUGGUCCAACUAUACUAUGUGUAAUGCUUUCACUCCUGAGAAACUGAAGAACGCAUAUGUCCUGUACUACUUGGCUAUUGUGGGUCAUUCUUUGUCGAUUUUCACCUUGGUGAUUUCGCUGGGGAUUUUCGUGUUUUUCAAGAACCUUGGCUGCCAAAGGGUAACUCUGCACAAGAACAUGUUUCUGACUUAUAUUCUGAAUUCUAUGAUUAUCAUCAUCCACCUGGUUGAAGUAGUACCCAAUGGAGAGCUUGUGAGAAGGGACCCGCUGAGCUGCAAGAUUUUGCACUUUUUUCACCAGUACAUGAUGGCAUGCAACUACUUCUGGAUGCUCUGUGAGGGAAUCUACCUGCACACACUCAUCGUGGUGGCUGUGUUCACUGAGGAGCAACACCUGCGUUGGUAUUAUCUCUUGGGCUGGGGGUUCCCACUGGUGCCGACCACUAUCCAUGCUAUUACUCGGGCGCUGUACUUCAAUGACAACUGCUGGCUGAGUGUGGAAACCCAUUUGCUUUACAUCAUCCACGGCCCCGUCAUGGCAGCACUGGUGGUCAAUUUCUUCUUCCUGCUCAACAUUGUCCGUGUGCUUGUGAGCAAACUGAGGGAAACCCAAGAGGCGGAAUCGCAUAUGUACCUGAAGGCUGUGAGGGCCACCCUGAUCCUGGUGCCCCUGCUGGGAAUCCAGUUUGUCGUCUUUCCCUGGAGGCCAUCCAACAAGAUGCUUGGGAAGAUCUAUGAUUACCUGAUGCACUCUCUGAUCCAUUUCCAGGGAUUCUUCGUUGCCGUGAUUUACUGCUUCUGCAACAACGAGGUCCAAACCACCGUGAAGCGCCACUGGGCCCAAUUCAAAACCCAGUGGGAUCAGCGCUGGGGGAGCAGGAACCCCCGCCGCUCUGCUGCCAACGCUGCAGCCGCUGCUGCAGCCGCUGCCGCAGCCGCAGCUGAAGCCGGAGACAUCCCGGUUUACAUCUGCCAUCAGGAGCCGAGGAACGAAGCCGCCAACAACCUGGGCGAGGAGGGUGCGGAGGUCAUCGCUUUGGAGAUCAUUGAGCAAGAGUCAUCCGCUUGA